AUGCAUCAGAUGAUAAUGUACUCUACAGUAUGUCAACAGCAUGGCAAUACAGAUCACCAAAUAGCUCGCUUUCUAGUAAACGGCUUUACAGGAAUUCUUAAAGGAUGGUGGGAUAAUAUCCUAAUCACAACCCAACAUAAUGAAAUUUUAAAUUCAUUUAAAAUUAUUACUGAUCCUAUAACCGGUCGUGCUCGUCAAGGACAGGAUGUUGUUUAUACUCUUAUUAAUACCAUUAUACAUCAUUUUAUUGGUACCACUACUAUUGGUAUUGAAGAUAGGAGUCGAGAACUCUUACAGAAUCUUAGAUGUCCCUCUUUAUCCCAUUUCAGAUGGUAUAAAGAUGUUUUCCUAAUGAAAAUUGUGCGUCGGUCUGAUGUAAACAGCGACCAUUGGAAAGCCAAAUUUAUCGAUGGUUUUCCUACUCUUUUUGCUGAAAAAGUCAGAAAGAAGUUACGGGAUUGUCAUAAUGGAAUGACCAUACCUUAUGCCGAAUAUACCUAUGGCCAGCUUGUAGAUAUUGUUAUAGACAAAGGACUUGCUUUAUGCAACGAUCUUAAACUUCAGUAUCAAAUGAAGAAACAGAAUCUUACGGGAAAAAAUGAAGUAAGAGAAUUAUGUGACCAAUUUGCUUAUGAUACUAAAAUACAGUAUCCAUCCAAAACCAGAAAACAUAAAUUUGGAAAAUCCUUAAAACAACAUUAUUCCAAAAAAUCCAGAAAAUAUAGAACUCCUAGACAGAACUACCAGCAAUAUCAACCUCAAAAAUCUAAUAAAGGCAAACAGAAAGCCUCUUUCAGAAAGAAAGAUAAAUCCAUAAUAAAAUGUUAUAAGUGUGGUCAAACAGGGCAUUAUGCUAAUCGCUGUAAAGAAAAAAUCCUUCAGAUACUUAAUGAGAUGGCACUUGAUGAUCAUCUCCAACAACAAAUUCUUCAAGCUAUAUUUGAGGAAAAAUCAAAUACUAGUCUCAGUUCUGACAAUGGACUUGCUGAACUUUAUUCACCUUCUGAGUCCGACCUAAAAUCUGACUCUGCUCCAAAAACUUGUCCCUGUAAACAAAAUAAUAUAAAUCAAAUUUCAGAAGCCAACUAUUGGAAAACCAUAGUUGAAAUGAAUGGCCUUGAUCUUGGAGGAGGACCUAGUCUAAAUGUUCUUACUAACAAUGAGCAGCAUAUGUUAAACAUUGAUGACCAGAUAACAGAUCCCAAAAUGAAGUUAAAAUUUUUAGAAAUGUGCUACCAACAGCGUAAAAAUGAAGAAAUUGGCCUUCCCUCUAAUCAUUACAGUAUGAAAGAAGUUUAUAAUCGCUUACAGAACUCUUUUUCUAUGGAAAAACCUCUAACUAUCUAG